GGAGCCGCCGCACCUCCCGGAGCCCGGGCAGUGCCCGCCGCUCCCAGGGAGCGACAGCAGCUCCGUGCCCGCCGUCCUGGGGAGCUGCUGCGGCAAUAUCGCCGUUUAAAAAAAAAAGGGAAGAGAGGAAAAAAGAAAAGGGGAAAAAAAAAAAAAAAGAUGAAGAUGCUUAAAUGCCUCCUGCCAAAAGUAAAGAGCGAAUCUCAGUUGCAGUGGCUCCGCUAAAACUUGAUCAUGCGGGAUUUCAAGCGAUAAAGAGCUGCCGGGCUGCUAUUUACUGCGGUGGGAACAAGUUGCAGGAUGAAAUCCGGGCGUUAAGGGACCUGUUUUCCACUUCGCUGUUUGCAAAGGAAUCUACUGAAAUGACUUUGAGGAUCUUUAAACUGGAACUAUGUGGAGGGAGAAUGCACCCCCCCUUGCCUGUCUCCCUGUCCACGUAGCCGCCCUCCCGGGAUGCCAUGUCGCUCGCAGGCUGCGGCGGGGAUCACGCGUGCGGCCAGCGGCGCGGAGGCCAGCCCUGAGCCCGGGCAGCGAGGGGCGCGACAUGCCCGCGGUCGCGACAUGUCCUGCAGCGACACCGACAGCAGCACCGGCACCUCCGGCAGCCGCCGCCGCUCCGUCUCCUGAGGCGCUGGGGGAUAAAGCUGGCAAAGAUGAGGAAAAUUGGCUGUGCUCUCCUGGUACUCCAAGCUCUUCUGGCACCUUUGGAUCUUGUUCGUGGAGCAGAGAAAAAUUAUCCCAUCCUGAACAUUGCAGUGAUUCUGGGAAGGACCAAGCACAUAACAGAGAGAGAUAUCAGAGCUCUCUGGACCAGGGAAAUGUCAGCAGACCUGACUGUUGAUAUCAAUGUUGUGACUCUUCUUGUGAACCAGACUGACCCUAAGAGCAUCAUAACACAUGUUUGUGACUUGAUGUCAGGCACCAAGAUCCAUGGAGUGGUUUUUGGAGAUGACACUGAUCAGGAGGCAGUAGCUCAGAUUUUGGAUUUUAUUUCAUCUCAGACUUCUAUUCCAAUUCUUGGAAUUCAUGGCGGGGCCUCCAUGAUAAUGGCAGAUAAGGAUGUCAUGUCCACGUUCUUCCAGUUUGGGGCUUCCAUCCAGCAAGAAGCCAUUAUCAUGCUGAAGAUCAUGCAGGAUUAUGACUGGCACGUGUUCUCUCUGGUGACCACCACUUUCCCUGGAUAUCGAGAUUUCAUCAAUGUCAUUAAGACCACUGUGGAAAACAGCUUUGUGGGCUGGGACAUGCAGAACGUCAUCAUACUCGAUACUGCCUUUGGAGAUGAUGCCAAGACCCAAAUCCAGCUGAAGAAAAUCCAUUCAUCUGUCAUCCUGCUGUAUUGUUCCAAGGAUGAAGCUGUCUACAUCCUGGAUGAGGCUCGCUCCCUGGGCCUCACUGGCUACGAUUUCUUUUGGAUAGUUCCCAGCCUGGUUAGCGGUAACACAGAAAUCACUCCCAAGGAGUUUCCUUCAGGACUCAUUUCAGCAGCUUAUGAUGAGUGGGACUACAGUUUAGAAGCUCGGGUCCGGGAUGGCCUGGGGGUCAUUGCCACUGCUGCCUCAGCCAUGCUGGACAAGUACUCCUUCCUUCCUGAAGCACGGACCAGCUGCUACGGACAGCUGGAGAAAAACGACCGGCCCUCUCAAACCUUGCACAAGUUUAUGAUGAAUGUGACGUGGGAAGGCAGAGAUCUGUCCUUCACAGCAGACGGGUACCAGGCGCACCCCAGGCUGGUGGUGAUCGUGCUGAACAACGAGCGCGAGUGGGAGAAGGUGGGCAAGUGGGAGAACAACUCGCUGAGCCUCAAGUACUCGGUGUGGCCGAGGUUCAGCUCCUUCGCCGACAGCGACCCCGACGACAACCACCUGAGCAUUGUCACCCUGGAGGAGGCUCCCUUUGUCAUCGUGGAGGAUGUGGAUCCCCUCAUGGAGAGCUGCCAAAAAAACACCGUGCCCUGCCGGAAAUUUGUCAAACUUAACAACAAAACUAAUGAGGGAACGAACGUAAAGAAGUGCUGCAAAGGAUUCUGCAUCGAUAUCUUGAAGAAGUUGUCUAAAACUGUCAAGUUCACAUAUGACCUGUACUUGGUGACGAAUGGGAAGCAUGGCAAAAAAGUCAAUAACGUGUGGAACGGGAUGAUUGGUGAAGUGGUGUACCACCGGGCAGUGAUGGCCGUGGGCUCGCUCACCAUCAACGAGGAGCGCUCGGAAGUCGUUGACUUUUCGGUGCCGUUUGUGGAGACGGGGAUCAGUGUCAUGGUGUCACGGAGCAACGGCACAGUGUCACCGUCUGCUUUCCUAGAGCCUUUUAGUGCUUCUGUCUGGGUGAUGAUGUUUGUGAUGCUUCUCAUCGUGUCUGCCAUGGCUGUCUUUAUAUUUGAGUACUUUAGUCCUGUAGGAUACAACAGGAACUUAGCACAAGGGAGAGAUCCCCAUGGGCCGUCCUUCACCAUUGGGAAGGCAGUGUGGCUGCUGUGGGGCUUGGUCUUCAACAACUCUGUGCCUGUGCAGAACCCCAAGGGCACCACGAGCAAGAUCAUGGUGUCAGUCUGGGCUUUCUUUGCUGUCAUCUUCCUGGCCAGCUACACUGCCAACUUAGCUGCCUUCAUGAUUCAGGAGGAAUUUGUUGACCAAGUGACUGGGCUGAGUGAUAAGAAGUUUCAAAGGCCUCAUGAUUAUUCACCUCCUUUUCGGUUUGGGACGGUCCCAAAUGGAAGCACUGAGAGGAAUAUCCGGAACAACUACCCUGACAUGCACCUCUACAUGACCAAGUUUAACCAGAAGGGAGUUGAGGAUGCCUUGGUCAGCUUGAAAACUGGGAAGUUGGAUGCUUUCAUCUAUGAUGCAGCAGUGCUGAAUUACAAGGCUGGAAGAGAUGAAGGCUGCAAACUUGUCACAAUAGGCAGUGGGUACAUCUUUGCCACUACUGGCUAUGGGAUUGCUCUCCAGAAAGGAUCACCUUGGAAGAGACAAAUUGAUCUCGCCCUCCUCCAGUUUGUGGGAGAUGGGGAAAUGGAAGAGUUAGAAACCCUGUGGCUGACUGGUAUUUGUCACAACGAGAAGAACGAAGUCAUGAGCAGCCAGCUGGACAUCGACAACAUGGCAGGAGUGUUCUACAUGCUCGCAGCAGCCAUGGCACUCAGCUUAAUAACCUUUGUCUGGGAGCACUUAUUUUACUGGAAACUCAGAUUCUGCUUCACUGGAGUCUGCUCAGAUAGGCCAGGAUUGCUGUUCUCAAUCAGCAGGGGUAUUUACAGUUGCAUUCAUGGAGUACACAUUGAAGAGAAGAAGAAGUCUCCUGACUUUUCUUUGACCAAUUCACAAACUAACAUGUUAAAACUGCUGCGAACAGCGAAAAACAUGACCAAUAUCAACCCUUCAAGAAUUGACUCCCCCAAAAGAACAGCUGAUUUUAUUCAGAGGGGUUCUUUGAUUAUGGACAUGGUCAUGGAUAAGGGAAACUUGGUAUUUUCUGAUAACAGAUCCUUUCAGACAAAGGACAACUUUUUUGGUGACAACAUAAGUGAACUGCAGACACUUCCUGGCAAUCGACACAAGGACAACCUGAACAAUUAUGUUUUCCAAGGGCAGCAUCCUCUCACACUGAAUGAAUCCAAUCCAAAUACAGUAGAGGUUGCAGUAACAACAGAAGCAAAAGUCAACUCCCGACCCAGGCAGCUUUGGAUGAAAUCUGUUGAAUCUUUACGCCAAGAUUCUGUACGUCAGGGCCAAGGAUCCCAGAGAGAAAACGGGUCUGAGGAAAACAGGCAGCUUUCAUUGAAAAGCCAAAGAUACCUUCCUGAAGAGAUUGUUCAUUCAGAUGUCUCAGAGACAUCAAGCAGAGCUACUUGCCACAUGGAAGCUGAAAACAACAACAAGCACCACAAAACCAAGGACAAUUUUAAAAAAAGGACAGUAGCAUCAAAAUACCCAAAAGACACUAGUGAUGUGGAACUGACAUAUCUGAAAACCAAACAGGGCUCUCCACGGGAUAAAAUCUACACGAUUGACGCUGACAAGGAGCCAGGGUUCCGCUUGGACACACCUCAGUACAUUGAAAACAUUGUCCUUCCAGAACCUGUAGAGCUUCCUGAUGUUUACCAAGAUCACAACGACAACUACAGGAAAGCCGAGCACGCCAACAGGACUCCAUCACAUAAUGAAGACAGUCUUCCAAAUAAUGACCAGUUUAAACUCUAUGGAAAGCACUACACUCUCAAAGAAAAAAAUACUUCCCUAGGUGACAUGAACGAUAGGUUCAGGCAGAAUUCCACGCACUGCAGGAGCUGUCUCUCCAACAUGCCCACCUACGCGGGGCACUACUCGACCAGAUCUCCCUAUAAAUGCGAUGCGUGCUUGCGGAUGGGGAACCUCUAUGACAUUGAGGAAGAUCAGAUGCUGCAGGACACCACGAACUUAUCACUUCCUGAAGAAAUAUAUGAGCGUACUUGGUCACAAAGUAGUGCUCUGCAAUAUUCUAAAAAGAAUAAACUGAGGAUUAGCAGGCAACACUCUUUUGAUAAUAUCGCUGAUAAGUCCAGGGAAAUUGAUAUUGGAAGACCUUCUCGUAGUAUAAGCUUGAAAGAAAGAGAGAAAUUUCUUCAAAGUAGUCCAUAUGCAAGCAUGUUUAGUGUUCCCUCAAGCAAACUGUUGGGCAACAAGGCCUCACUUUUAACCCAUGCUCUGGAGGACAGUAAGAGGAGCAAGUCCCUGUACGCUGUUCACUCAGAUGAUAACCCCUUCCUGCACUCCUAUCGUGAUGACCAGCAUUUAUCUCUUAGGCGAAGUCCAGCUGAUCUUUAUAAACAUUCAUUGCCAACAAGAGGAAGAAAUGAUAAUUAUUUAAGGUCAUCCAUACAGUCUACAGCAUCAUACUCUUCCAGGGAUGGUCGGAUCCAUAAUGACAUCUGCUGCUAUACUUGAAGAGGAGAAAAGAAUCUUCCUGCAUAAGUGGCCAUCCUUUCUGUACCUUUCUGGAUGGUGCUGGUGACUUGUUACAUUUUCCUGAUUACAGCUCUAGCAGUUUGUUGGUCAUUCCUAUCACCACGAUUUCCUGUGACUCCAGCUGGAACUGAAUCAGGCUGUAAAUGAUUUGGGCCAUUCUUGGUAGCAUGUCCUGUAGUGUUACACUGCUCCUGGACGACACCUUUUGUGGAGGCAGGAUAUUGAAUUGCUGAGGAAUGCAGUAGGUACAUGGAAGUAAAAACAGAUAUGUAGACAUACCUGCCUCUUGCUUUUUUUCCUCUUUUGAAGAUAUUGUAGAAUUUCUUCAUGUUUUUGUCUUUCCCUUUUCACCACAGUAAAUUUUCCUUUUUUCUCUCAGAUAGAUUUUGUGUUCUGCUUGUGUUUCUUAGAACAGUGUAGCCACCCACUAAUUUAAAAGCAUGGAAAUAAGAUAUUUUAAUAUAUAAGAUAAAAUAAGGGAAAAUUAAGAGAUUUUGCAUUUCUGGAAAAUUUAAUUUAAUGUUUUUGCAGCUUUUGCUCAGAAUUCAUUACUCUGCUAUCUAAGAAGCUUGGUUAGGAAAAAAAGAGUGCUGUGGACAAACAGAAAUGAAAUCACCGCCAGCUCACUGUGUUUUGGCAGCAUCUCAUAAAUACAUGUCUCUUUAUGGUCUUUCAGGAACAUUUAAGAGGUGAAAUAAGGCUCACAAGAGAAAUCAGGUGUGGUUGUUUGUUUUUUUCCUGAUGAAAGCAAAUAUUUUUAUAUAGUUUUUAAGGAAGCAAAGGCUAGAGCUGUGAGAGUAGCUUUGGGUUUCUGUGCUGGAAGGCUGAGCUCUGUUAGCAGUGGGGAGAGAGAGAAAGCAAGAGGAAGAAAGCUCCCUGUGGAUGGAAGUUCAGAGGACUGAAGGCUCUGGAGCAGUUAUGUGGGGGAUGUGUCCAGAAAUAUAUUACCUCUUGCUGUUGACUUUUUAGAAAGUAUAGGCUCCUAACUCAUGUAGCUCAGUUAGGUGGGCUUAGAAAAGCAAUGCUCUAUUUACCCCCAGCCUCAAAAAUCUGCCAGUGAGUACCAUGUUCAGCCCUGGAGGUGUUAUAAGUUCCUGUGCUCAUGAAAAUAGGGGUUUUUUUGGGGGUUUGCAAUACCCCCUGCAUAGUUGGGAUGAUAAUUUGCUUUAUACCAUGUGACUGCCCAGCAAGGGUGAAAAGUAUCAGAAUCUAAUCCUUGUGUAAUAAAUUGCUGCUUUCAUAUUUCUGCAGUGUACCAUUUGCACCUUAGAGAUGGGGAAGGUUUUGGUACUGCUCCCUCCCUUGCUGGGUUUAUCAAUGUAGAAUGGAAAUUGUGUCACAAAUCUAAGGGUCUGAGAAUCUACCUGGAUUUAGGAAGAAUUCAAGAGGGGAAAUUUUUUUUUGUUAUUUUACAUUGCAUUUAAGAUAUUUGAUAUAUAAAACCUAGUGAAAACAGAACUUUUAUGAAAAAAAAUCCUCUCCUACUUAAUAUAAAAGAGUAACUAUCCUGUGGCUUGGCUAGAUUGUGUCAAGUGUUAAUCAUCACAUUCUGUGCUUCUUUCAAGAUGAGUGUCAUCCAUUCCCUUCUCCCCCAGCUCUGGUCCUAUCUUAGCUCAAAAGUCCUUUUAAAGCAGAUACCUUUCCUGAGUAGGACAGUCUGGUUUGCAACAUAAAAACAGCUUUCCAGGGAUAGACUUAAAUUAUUUUCUCAGCAAUGAUUUCUUUUUUUUGCUAAUAUAAACUUCCUUUUUAUUGAGAGCUGAGCCUUCCAAACUUAGCAGUACUGAAGGAACUUCUGAAAGAACAUAAAGGCCUUUCAAAAUGUGACUUAUGAUACAAGCCAUUUCCCUGCCCAAACUCACCUGUACUGUCUUACUUAAAUGUACUGGCAGCAUGUCAGCAUUUGGGGGAGCUCAGUUUAAUCACAGCUUUGUGAUGUGGGUAUAAGCACAGACAGGAUAGUGGUGUGAUGGAAGAAAGGCUCGAUGUGCUGUGGCUGGAGUCACCUGUGAAGCUGUGGUUAAAUGGGAGUAGCCUCAGGACUGUGCUGUCUCUUCCAUGUUUCUGGUCAUGCAGAGUGUCUGUCUGUGUGCCCAUCCUGUCCCUGGUGUGAAGCUCUGUCCAGUUCCUCGCUGUCCUUGUGGAGCUGCCCCUUGCUCGCCCCAUUCCCGUGUCGCAGCGGUGUCUGUCAGAGGGGACGUGGCUGCUUGUGCUCUCAAGGGAGCUGCAAUCCUGCCCUGCUUCUCCCUGCCCUGCUGGGGAGGGUUCCUGCACUCUCUGUAAAUAAGCUCUUCAUUUAUUUCCCUCACUCAAGCUUUAACUUUUUUUUCCCCCUGCUUCUCUCGACCUGUGUACAGAGAAUGCGCUCUGAAAAUAUGUGCUCUUCCAAAGUCCUGUGGCUUUGGAAGCCAGGAAUACAGGUGUGCAUCACCCUGCAAUGCAGUGAAAAUGCACUUGGUUCUCCUCGUGGGAUCAUCAGCUUUUUUGUUUCAUACUGCAGAAUGUAUCUGCCAUGGUUUAAACUGUUCUUUUUUUAAAAAAAAAAUUCUGCCAUUCUAACAGCUGUAAGAAUCCACUGCUGAUUUUGUGAUGAUUUUGUCAUAUCUAUAAUUUAAGAACCAGAAAUAAUAUAAGUAAAAAUAAGUUACCUCACUAUUUACCAGGUUUUUGUUGUUUUGCGCUUAAAUGACAAUUUUUACUCCUUUUGCUUAAUUCUUUACCUGUAUUGGAAACAAGGCUAAAUUAGUAGAGAAUAUAGCCAUGCUGUAACAUUGUCAUGCAAUACCUUUAUUAAUAGAUAACCACACUAAAUAUAGUAUUACAUAUUUAAAAGAGAUGGGUUCGACUCUCCAGCUCUUAAAAAGUAGUGGUGAUAAGCAGUUAUACUACUAGAUGUUUUGUCCUUUCCCUUUUGUAUUAGUAUUUGUUUUCACUAAUAUAUUUCAAAAAUUCUAUUUCUGUGCACGUUAGAAAACUGUGAAAAUAAAUACCAAUAAAUAUUGUGAUACUUAUUCAGUGCACUGUAAAGUUCCAAGUGAGAUGGUACUUUGCUUCUGGGAAUUGAUGAAAGUUUCCUCACUUCUCAGAAAUGGUACUAAGCUUUAAUGUGGGAAAAUGGUAAUAUUUACAGUGACAUGAAAUUUUAAUGGAGAAUGUCUUGUUUUGCACUUCUGGUACUAUUAGAAGAAAUGAUAUGUUUUUCUCAGCAAAUGCAUUAUGAGAUUACAUUUUUAAAUUUGUUUUGUGCAUUGCAGUACAUAAGAAUAACCGCUUUGAAGAGAUUUGUGUUACUUCAUUACUACAGCAUUUUUUUGUCUGAUAAUGUUUUUUCCUGAGCCCGUUGAAUAAUGGUAUUUAAUGGCAAAAACCUUUUCGGGAAUGUAUUUUGGCUUCUGUCUCACAUUGCAAACCCUGGACUUGGACUCAGUGAUGCAGUGGAAGGCCCUGGUGAGGCUGCUCUGCCUUUCUGCGCUCCUGGGGACGGGGACCUUCCUUGUUCCCAGCUGGGACCAGAUUAGAGGAGUCCAGGACACUUUUGGAGGAUGUGCUGUGCAACAAUGCAAGUGUAAAUGAUCUUCAAAAGUGAAAAUAAAAAUAAGUUGGAGGCUCACAGUUAGCCACACUAGUUGUGGGGCGGGGGGGGGGGGGUGGUUUGUGACAGAGGUCUGCAGUUUCUGGAGGAGAUGAUAAUUUUUAACUAAAGUAAUUUGAAUUCUACUUAAGUUUCUGAAAGUAACUGAAAAAGCGGGAGUUUCCUUUUUCUUUUAAAGCCAAAGUCUUUACGUUUUCAUAUGAGGUUUCACAGGAAAAUGGGCCAAAGAAUACAAUUAAAUAUGCAAAUGGUUAAUCCUAUGGAAAAGGGUAUCCUGUUAUCUUGAUAUGCACAAGUGUAUUAAUGGUAAUAGGAACAAUGUGUGUAAUUUUCCUGUACAUUGCUAUGUAGGUUGCACUAUUUUGAAUGACACAAGCCUGAUAUUUUAAUUACCAAAUACCAUAAGAUGCUGUUUAUUAAUAGUUGAAACUUGUUAACCUAAAUAUAUAUACAGUAUACACAGGCGUGCGUGCAUACACCUUCCAAGCAGUCAUGCGUGAGUAAUCUCCCAGAGCUGUGGGACACAUCUCAGCAGUGCUUUAUUUUAAGUGGUUUUCUCCUUCCCAAACCUCCCACAUCUAGAAAUCCUCUAGCAGCUUUUAUUGUAGUGUUUGAUACUGGGUACAGAAGGGGUUAAAGGACUGGUUUGGGUCAGGACUGCUCUGUGCUAGGACACAUGGAAACAUUCAGAAAGUUGCUGUCCAAAAGAGCUGGAAUUGAUGCUUGCUGUAAUAACCAAGCCAUAGGAAAAGGAUUGCUUUUCAUGCUGGUUUAAAAUUCUUGGCCAGAGAGGCUCUGUUGGCCGGGUGACUGAUCUUAAACUCAGUCUGGACUUAGACUGACCUUAAACUCGGUAUUAGUUCAUGUGAUCCACAUCUGUUACUUUAGGUAGCUGAGGAAGGAUCCUCCAGAACAAAAUCCCCAGGGAAGAGGAGCUGGAGUGUGCACCAGUGUGUUCUCCCAUGCAGACUGGGCAGGCUCCAAAAUGGGUUUUUCAUGCCUGGCAGGAUUUAGCAGUGGUGGGUAAGGCACAAUCGCAUCUCUCCAUGCACAGGCUUUUGUGCUUGCUAGUACUGGUGAUGUGGAGAUUUCCACUGAGGAAUAAGUGUGGAAAUGGCUUCUUUUCUAAAUUUAUACUGCUCUAGCUAAAACUUAAAAAAAAUACCUUGGAAUCAUUUGUUAGAAGUAAUUAUUGAGCUGUUUUUGAAGGUUGUAUUAUUACCAAAUUUUCCACCUUAACCAAGAAACAAUAAAUUCUGUAGGGUCAGACUUUAUUUACUGCUCAUUGCAAGUAUGUUUUGGAGUAGAACUUGGUUUCAAGAAAAUUUUUGCUUAGUCUAGGUUUGGGUUACAAAUGUGGAAAAAACACCUUUUGACUUAAAUAGGGGUGUUUGAGGGAGUGAUGGGAGGGCAGAUCCUAAAUGCAGUUCACGCUCAGAUUUUAAAAAUCUCCAUGUUUUAAAACCUCAUGUUGCAGAGGUUUGGAAAUUGCAUCAUGUUAAAUUGUGUACAGCUAGGAAGGAAACCAGUGCAAUUCCAGUAAGAGCUGUUAGCACUUUAUACUUGAUAUCAGGUAAAAUAUUUAGGAGUAGUCUUGCUCAUUUCAGAACAUCCAUUUUGCACCAACGAUGAACAGCCUGAUCUCUCUGUCUUCUCACUCACACCCAUGCACAGUGGAUCUCGUGCCUUCCCUGCUAAAACCAGGAGGCACAAACAGAAUUCAUUAAUGUGUUAGGCAAACUCCUAACUGAUUCUUAACCCAUCACUGCAUUUUAUACAAAAUUUGCAUCCAUAGAUGCUAGGGUCUCACAAGCACUUCACCUGUGAGUUAAUAAUGUUGAUUUUAAUUCAUCAGAUUCAAAUUCACACUAAACCUUAAGGGUAUUUUGUGCUUCCUUUCAUCCUGUUUAAGGAUAUUUGUGGGCUUAGAUGAAACACUAAUAUUUCUGUGCUGCUAAACAAAACCCACCAGAAAUAUUUUAAAAAUCUUAAAUUACACUUUGAAAAACAUUUUUUACCUGUUUACUUGAAUAAUGUCAAUUUAAUGUGUUGUCUUGAUCAGUUUUUGUACAUAUACAUGUGUAUAUAUAUAAGCUAUAUAUAAAUAUGUAUAUGUAUAAAGUUUUUUGGGGAGAAUGAGGGGCAAGACAGAAAUUCAGAGUUGUGACAAAGAUUCUAUAAUAAUUUAUUAACAGUUUCAAGUAAUAUAUUGUUGUUUUGAGUUUGAUUAGAAGUUAAUUGCAGUUGAACUAUGAAAAAUGAAAUGCAACCGAGAAAAAGAAUUCACAAUAUUAACUUAGGAUUUUUUAAACAAAGAAAACUAGAAUAUUCUUUUUUUGAUAGGAGAAAAGAACUACAGGUGUAAUAGUUUGUAUCGAUUACAUGGAGCACUAACCUACAAUACACUAGGAGAAAUUUGCAUGCCAAAAAAAAAUUCUACCAGAAAUCUUGGAACCAUUCGAUUCCAUACACAGUAAAAUAAAAAUCCUGUCACUUCUGUUAUUUCCUAGUACAAUUUGCUGUAGCAGUCUCAAAAGCGUCAUACUUCAAACCAAAGUGUAAGUCACAAAUUUCUGAUUACUGGCAAAGAAUAGUAGAGAUUUGAAGAGCUCUUUACAUCUGGGAAAACAAAUCAGGAUGUUAGAGUAGAAAUAAAAGAAUAUUGGUGAAGUGGAAUCAACUAUAAAAUAAUUAUGUUUUUAGAGAAUCCAGAAUUCCAUUAUAAAAUUCACAAUCUAAUGGAUUCUUCAAGAGAAAGGGUUUGGGGGAAAAGGGAAGUUUUAAAAUCUAGUUUUGACAUUCCAAUUACUGCCUGUUUUUUUAGCUAGGUUUAGCAAAGUGAAAUGAGUUAGAGCACACGCAGUUUCAGCUGCUGUGUGGCACUGACACGCGAGCACCCAGCUCCCCCUGCAGCCUCUGCCCCUUCCCUGACACCUGGGGGAGGCUGGAGCUGCCCCAGAGCACUGGGGGAGCUGGGGUCUCGCUCCUCUCUCCUGUGUUCACAUCCUGUCUCACUGCAGUUCACCCUGACCAUAUUCUAACCCAGUGCAUGACUGAGUGCUAAUACUGUAUAAAUAUUUUGAAACAUAUCUUUAAAGAAAAAAAAAAAAAGUUUGCUUCAAACUUUUUAUGAUAGAGAAAUAUAUAAUUAUUAUGGUUGUCUGACAAAUUGUAUUGUGUUAAUUUUUUUUUUUUUUUUUUGUUAAAUAUGUAGAAAAACAUUAAGGGAAUGGGGGACUUGAAUGUCUGUGUGUACUGAAAUGUAUAUAACUAUUUGGAAGAACACAUGUGCCAAGUAUAACAUGAUGUAAAAAUUGUAAAUAUAUGAAAAAUUCAUUUUUCUAAUAAAGAUAAUUUCUGCCAAUUAAUAU